AGAGAUUGAGGCGGAGAGAGAGAAGGACGCCAACGGCCGGACCGGAGCAUUCGCCCGCUGAGGGGCCCCGCGGUGAGGCCCGGAACAGGUCGAGCGAGGCCGGCGAGGAAGCCGGAGGGGAGAAGAAGAGAGAGAGAGCGCCGGAGACGGAAGAACAUGGCGGCGGCGGAGGAGGAGAAGAAGGAGAAGGAGUCGGGCCGGAAGUGCUGCUCGUGAUGGGGCAGGCGGAGGCCGCUUAGCCCGCCCUCGAGGCCUUCCGUGUAGGCCGCGCGGCCUUGUUGUCGGCGAAGAAGAAGCAGCGGCUCUGGUUAGGUCCCUUCGCCCAGGAGAGACGGGGCACAAUAGGAGGGCCCUGCCUGCCUGCCCGGCCGCCCUCUCGACCCCGAAGGCCGCCCUCCCCAUUCCUUGUCUGGGUUUCCUCGCAGUGACUCACUCCUUCCCUCUCGCCUUUUCUGCUGCUGUCUUUUCUCCUCUUCUCUUACCUCUUCACAUUUUACUGCCUUUCAUUUUAACCUCUUUCCACUUUCCCCUCCUCCUUUCUGUUCUUUCCACUCCAUUCUUUUAAGUCUCUGCUUCUUUCCAGCUCCAGCAUUACUACUCCUUGUGUGUACGUGUGUGUGUCCCCUCUCCUCAUUUUCCUGUUGUCACUUUGCCUUCAAAUCCCCCCUCUCACAUCACCCCCAUUGGCAAAUCCUAUCAUUGUUACACACUUAUACCCCAUAUUAAUGUGGGUUCUGCUUUAGUCACGCCUUGCCAUUUUGACUCCAUUCUUCUCAAUCUUGUUGUUCUCUGUUUCUUCUUCUCCUCAGCUCCAACAUUGCUACUCCUUGUGUCCCUCCUUCCCUUUCAAGCAGGUUUCCUUUCUCCUCAUUCUUCUCUUAUAACUUUACCCCAGAUCACUUUGCCUUUGUACCCCCCUCCCCCCCACAUUGUCCCCAUUGGCAAAUCUAUCAUUUUAAGACUCACACCCCAUUUUAAUGUGGGUUCCACUUUAGUCACAUCUUGCCAUUUUGACUCCAUUCUUCUCAAUCUCUUCUUGUUCUCUGUUUCUUCUUCUCCUCAGCUCCAGCAUUGCUACUCCUUGUGCCCCCCCCCUUUCCUUUCAAGCAGGUUGCCUUUCUCCUCAUUCUCCUCUUGUCACUUUACCCCCAGAUCACUUUGCCUUCGUAUCCCCCUCCUGACAUAAUCGUUCCCAUUGACAAAUCAUAUCUUAUCCUUUUAUUUUAAGACACCCCCCCAAUAUUAAUGUGGGUUCUGGUUUAGUCACGUCUUGCCAUUUUUACUUCAUUCUUCUCAAACUCUUGUUCUCUGUUUCUUCUUUUGCAUUCUACUUCCUGACCUCUCCCAUUUCUCUCUCUUUUUUUUCUUGCUUCACUGAAAACAAGUUCUGUAGUAGAAAGCAGCGCUCCUCCUUCUCCUUUUUUACUUCACUGAAAAAGUUCAGAGCCCCUGUAAUUGAAAACACCCACCCCUUUUGUGUUGGCCCCCCAUUUUGGGGAUGAUGGUGAAGGCGAAGAGGAGGAGGCAGCAGCUUCUUUAGCAGUGCCAACAAAGAGAACCAAUUGAGGUACUAUUGUGUGGGGCUCUUUGCUCCCUUCCCUGCUCCCCUUUAUUGAGGGGGGCACAGCCCCCCCAUCACCCCUCGCACCCCAGCCUCGGUGGUCGUGGCAAGAGGCAGGAUGACUGAUACCCGGCGGAGGGUGAAGGUGUACACGCUGAAUGAAGACAGGCAGUGGGACGACCGGGGCACUGGACAUGUGUCCUCUGGCUAUGUGGAAAGGCUGAAGGGCAUGUCCCUGCUCGUCAGGGCUGAGAGCGAUGGUUCUCUUCUCCUGGAGUCUAAGAUCAACCCAAAUACUGCAUACCAGAAGCAACAGGACACACUGAUUGUGUGGUCUGAAGCAGAGAACUAUGACCUCGCACUUAGCUUUCAAGAAAAAGCUGGAUGUGAUGAAAUAUGGGAAAAAAUAUGUCAGGUCCAAGGAAAAGACCCUUCAGUGGACAUUACUCAGGAUCUGGUGGAUGAAUCUGAGGAAGAACGCUUCGAUGAUAUGUCAUCACCAGGUCUAGAGUUGCCAUCUUGUGAAUUAAGUCGAUUAGAAGAAAUUGCAGAACUUGUGGCAUCUUCACUGCCUUCACCAUUACGGCGUGAAAAACUUGCUCUAGCAUUGGAAAAUGAGGGCUAUAUUAAAAAGCUCUUAGAAAUUUUUCACGUAUGUGAGGAUUUGGAGAACACUGAAGGACUGCACCAUUUGUAUGAAAUUAUUAAGGGAAUCUUCCUUUUGAAUAGAACUGCCCUUUUUGAAGUCAUGUUUUCUGAAGAAUGUAUAAUGGAUGUAAUUGGAUGCCUAGAAUAUGAUCCGUCUUUAUCACAGUCACGGAAACACAGGGAAUUUCUGACAAAAACUGCAAAAUUUAAAGAAGUUAUUCCAAUAUCUGACCCAGAGCUGAAGCAAAAAAUACACCAGACAUAUAGAGUACAGUAUAUUCAAGAUAUGGUUCUACCUACUCCUUCGGUAUUUGAGGAAAACAUGUUAUCAACGCUUCAUUCAUUCAUCUUUUUUAAUAAAGUAGAAAUAGUUGGUAUGUUACAGGAAGAUGAAAAAUUUUUGACUGACUUAUUUGCACAACUUACAGAUGAAGCUACAGAUGAGGAAAAGAGGCAAGAAUUGGUAAACUUCUUGAAAGAGUUUUGUGCAUUUUCUCAAACAUUACAGCCUCAAAACAGAGAUGCUUUUUUCAAAACAUUGUCUAAUAUGGGCAUUCUUCCAGCACUAGAAGUCAUCCUAGGUAUGGAUGACGCCCAGGUGCGAAGUGCAGCUACUGAUAUAUUCUCCUAUUUGGUUGAAUACAAUCCAUCUAUGGUACGAGAAUUUGUCAUGCAGGAAGCGCAGCAGAAUGAUGAUGAUAUCUUACUCAUUAACCUCAUCAUAGAACACAUGAUUUGCGAUACAGAUCCUGAACUUGGAGGAGCAGUCCAGCUGAUGGGUCUGUUGCGUACUUUGGUGGAUCCAGAAAAUAUGCUUGCUACUGCCAAUAAAACAGAAAAGACAGAAUUCUUGGGUUUCUUCUACAAACAUUGUAUGCAUGUCCUUACUGCACCUUUAUUGGCCAAUACUACAGAGGAAAAGCCUAGUAAAGAUGAUUUUCAAACAGCCCAGCUGUUGGCCUUGAUAUUAGAAUUACUAACUUUCUGUGUAGAACAUCAUACAUACCAUAUAAAGAACUACAUUAUUAACAAGGAUAUCCUUCGAAGAGUCUUAGUCCUGAUGGCUUCGAGUCAUGCUUUCCUAGCACUAUGUGCCCUUCGUUUUAAAAGAAAGAUAAUUGGAUUGAAGGAUGAAUUCUAUAAUCGCUAUAUAAUGAAAAGUUUCUUGUUUGAACCAGUGGUCAAAGCAUUUCUCAGCAAUGGAUCCCGCUAUAAUCUAAUGAACUCUGCUAUCAUAGAGAUGUUUGAGUUCAUUAGAGUGGAAGAUAUAAAAUCCUUAACAGCUCACGUAAUUGAAAAUUACUGGAAAGCUCUAGAAGAUGUAGACUAUGUGCAGACAUUCAAAGGUUUGAAAUUGCGCUAUGAACAACAAAGGGAAAGACAAGAUAAUCCCAAACUUGACAGCAUGCGUUCCAUCUUGAGAAACCAUAGAUAUCGGAGAGAUGCAAGGACAUUGGAGGAUGAGGAGGAGAUGUGGUUUAACACCGAUGAAGAUGAUAUGGAGGAUGGAGAAGCCGUUGUGCCACCUUCGGAUAAAAGUAAAAACGAUGAGGAUAUAAUGGAUCCUAUAAGUAAAUUUAUGGAGAGAAAAAAAUUUAAAGAAAAUGAAGAAAAGGAGGUCCUUCUAAAAACUAAUCUCUCCGGUCGGCAGAGCCCAAGUUUCAAACUUUCCUUCUCUAGUAGUACAAAAGCUAACCUCACCAGCCAGUCAUCUGCAAGUAAUUUGCCUGGGUCUCCUGGAUCUCCAGGUUCUCCUGGGUCACCGGGCUCUCCUGGAUCGGUUUCUAAAAGCACAUCUCAAACGGCAGCUAUAACUACCAAGGGUGGAUUAGUGGGUCUUGUAGAUUAUCCUGAUGAUGAUGAUGAAGAUGAUGAAGAAAGCCUACCUUUGUCACAGAAAGCAAAGCUAGAAUCCUCAUAAUGACAGUUUGGAAGAUCAGUAUCAACCGGGUGAUAUACUCAGUUUCUUGGGGGGUGGAAGAGUCCGUAAUUGAAAACUGCGAUUUCUGUGUAUAACACAGGUCAUUUUUUAAAAUGGAUUUCUGCUGAUCAAGUGCCAAUUUGAAGGAGCAGAAGAAAAGGAAAUACACGCUUUAUGGAAAAGACAUGCCUUUGACCUCUCCAGCUUGGACCACGCAUUGCCCUUUUCUCAGGGAAGGAAAUGGAAAAAUAUAAAGCCAACAGGGCAGGAAUUUUGGUAGUGGAAUUCUGGAUUGGCUGUUCAGUUGUUACAAUCAGAACAUGCUUUCUUGGACCAUGUAUAAGACUGAAGAAAAGGCUCUUCUGCCGCAGUUCUUCACUUGCUAAGAAUGCCAGCAGUUUCUUUGUAUAAAGAGACCUGCCUUUGAAACCAUACAUUCUGAACAUUUUAGUCGAGCUACAACAGGUUUUUUAAAAAGAAACUCUUUGGGGGGAGGCUGAACAUAAGUUUCCUCUUUUUUAAUUCGUUCCCUUUUGCCCUUUAAACUGCAGAUUUUUGUUUGGAGGUGGGGGAUUUGUAUAUCCCUUGAUUAAAAAGAUUGAAUGGAAUUCUAGAUGUCACUUACGUGUCAUAAUUUUAUUUUUAUUUUGCCCCGAGUGUAUGCUUAGUUGUUGAGUAUAUAUUUGGGACCAUUAAAAAUUUUUGAUGUAAUAUAA